AUGACUGCUGUGGCUCCUAUGGAGAUUCGUACUUUUUCUGAUUUGGUGAACAAAGCAAGGGUAGUUGAAGAGUAUGCCAAGACCGUAGCAGCAUCCAAGGAGACUCAUGGAGGGAACUCGAGUCGGGGACGUGGCAAGUAUUUCCAUCCUAGAGGUGGGUGCUUCAACUGUGGCUUGCCUGGUCAUUUUGCGAGGGAUUGCACACGUGGAAAAAAUCCAAGUGCGGGUCAGAGUCAGCACCAGGGGCAAGUUUUUGCUGUGAAUGCCAAGGAUGCUUCCAAGGCGGAUCCGUUGAUGAGAGGUAUAUGUCUAAUUGGUGAUAAAACAUUAAUUGCAUUGUAUGAUACUGGAGCUUCGUAUUCAUUUAUUUCAUUUGCUAAAGUUGAGGAAUUAGACUUGAAAGUAUCAGAGUUACCAUUUGAUCUGCAUGUACAUACUCCGCAUCAGAUGGUCAUGACUAGGUCGGUUGUAGGCAAGUAG